UAGAGUACCGAAAGUCGGUACUAUAAGAAAAUUUUCUUAUAGUACCGGAAGCGCGUCUAUUGGUUGCAAAAGUCACGUGUAAAAACAAAUUCCGAUUUUCAAAGAUUUGAAUUGGAAAAUAUAAUUUUAUAUUGUAAAAUGUCAACUGGUUUUACUUGCAAAGAUGUUUUCUUGUCUUUUGAAGAUCUAAAAGCAAAUAUUAAAAAAUAUGAAGAUGCUAAUUUUGUGCAAUUAUGGAUGAGAGACGCCAAGACAAUUAAUGCUGCUAGAAAAAGCAUUCCAAAGAGAGCUAGUAUUAUGGCUCCACAAAUUAAAUACUCUUUUAUAAAGUACUGCUGCAUUCAUGGUGGACAAAAAUUUAAAUAUAAAGGUUUUGGAAAACGUCAAACUUCGACAUAUAAAAAAGAUUGCCCUUUCUACCUACACUUUAAGGCAUCGGAGGAUGGACAAGCAUUAAUCUUGCAUAAAUUGAACAAUACACAUAAUCACGAAGUAUCUGAAAUUUUCUAUAAACACUUACCUAAUCAAAGAAGACUACCUGAUUAUGCUAUUGCUAAAGCAGAAACCUUGUUAGGUUUGAAAGCUAACAAAAAAUUACUUCAACGAGAAUUGUUAAAUGAGACUGGGAAAAUGAUAACGCUCCGAGAUUUAUCAAAUAUUGCUGCUUCUGCACACAAAAGUGACACCCGAAAUGAUAUAACAGCCUUUAUUACAACUUUAAAGGAAAAAUAUAAUGCUAAUGUUGAAGUUUUGACAGAUGCAGACAAUAAUUUGCAAGGGCUUUUUUUUCAAGAUUUUUUUAUGCACAGUGUCUACAACGCAUAUCCUGAGUUUUUAUGCAUGGAUGCGACAUAUAAAUUGUUAGAAAUUCGACUGCCUGUUUAUAUUCUGCUAUGCGAAGAUGGAGCUGGUGAAAGUGAAAUAGCUGCUGUAGGUUUGCUCACGCAUGAAGAUGCUGCGUCUCUUAGUUGGUUUGUUGAAAGAUUCAAGAGUUUCAAUAUUGCUUGGCUAAAGACAAAUGUCUUCAUGACAGACAAAGACUUAACAGAAAGAGAGAUUUUACGUAGUGCUUUUCCUGGGGUUUCUCUAUUACUCUGCUUAUUUCACACCAUGAGAACUUUCAAUCGUGAGAUUACAACUUCCAAACUUGGGAUAACAAGCGGUGAACGGACUUCAUCUUUAGAACUUAUUCAAAAAUUGGCUUACGCUACAUCAGAAGAAGUUUAUGAUGAACUAUAUAGAUUAUUUAUUUCAUCUUCUCCAACUGCUGUUGUAGAUUAUUUUAACAAGAACUGGCAUAAUAUUCGUGUUGAUUGGGUUCUUGGUUUAAAUUUUGCUUGUGGAAAUUUCAUGAACAGCACCAACAACCGCCUUGAAAAUUUCAAUGGCAAAUUAAAAGAAGUGAUUGACUGCAACAGUUCCUUAGAAAAUUUCCUGGAUAAAUUUUAUGUUGUUCUAGCAUCAAUGCGUAAUGAGAGAGACCAUAAGACUAUUUUUCAAAUGCAAAAAGUUCUGGUUGACAUGUUUGAUCCCAACUCAGCAGAGGCAGCAUAUAAGAAAGUUCUAACAUUGUAUGCAGCUCAACAUGUUUUAAAGCAAAUGAGCUUGCGUGGAGACAUUAAUUUGUUACAAAGAGAAAAUGAAUACUUUAUGGUAAACACCACUGAAGGUCUGCAUACAGUGACAUGGAAUUUUUGUUCAUGUAUGUUUAGAAAGUCAAUGCACUUACCUUGUAGACAUAUUUUUGCUGCUCGCCAAUUCCUUAGAAUAAAUUUAUUUGAUAAUGACUUAUGUGCUGAACGCUGGACAUUAAAGUACUAUCGGCAGCAUCAACGAGCUUUUAAUAGUCCUAUAAUGGCUGAUGAGUUGAGAUCUGUAGAGUUUCAUGUAGCUCCAAAAAAAAAACUCCUUUCUCAGCAUGAGAAGUUUAAACUUGCUCUACAGGAAACAUCAUUUCUUGCUACCCUUGUUUCUGAAUCCACUGGACAGACUUUUGAACAAUGUCUCAGUCUUUUACAAGCUCUAAAAAAAGGUUGGACUGAUGGAAAGGUCAUGUUAGUUAAUGAACUUGUUGAUGUGGACAUUUGUUCUUCAAAAACAGAAAGUACAUUACCUAGUGCAUUAACUAUAGUUACAGAAUCUCCAAUAAAUUCAUUGGGAUGUGUAUGUUAAUGGUGUAAACACUUCAGUAGCACCGUUAGUAGUCAGUAAUAAAAAUGUUUUAAGCACUAAAAAAAAUGCUUCACAAUUAAAUACAGAGUAUGCAAUUGAUAACGACAGCAUUUUAUUAGAGGAAGCUAUUAUUUCUGAAAAAACUCAACAUGAAGAGUUAACAUCUGUGAAGAAUUAUGCAGAGUCUCACCUGAACAGGAUUCGGGUGCCGAAAUAUGUUUCUCGAUGUGGACGACCUAAAGGUUCUACUCUGACCACUAUUGGUUUGUCAAAAAAGCGACAACCUAAUUUGUAUGAAAAAAGAGUACCUUUUUUGAAAUUACAUCCAUCAAAAAGACAUGCUAUGAUGCUGGGUUGGUUUUUAAAACCAGAUGAUGUCCAUAAAGCUCUUUCUGGAAUUCUCAUUGAAAGUAAUUGUAUUGAAAAAAGAGUCAAUCAUAUCUCAUCUGCUAUUCUUGAUGAAAGUGCUGGAGGAGCUCUUUUGUCGCUACAAGGGUAUUUUACCCCAGAUGGAUGGAAAGUGCUCCAUGAACUCACUUUGAUCCAGCCAGGUAUCGAACCCAGGUGGGUAACCUCGAAGCCCCAAUGACAUACUGCUAGACUAGCAAUAAUAUCUUUUAUAAGCUAAAAUUGCCUUGGUUUUUUGUUCAUAAACUAGAAAGGCAUCAAACCUAUCCAACUUAUUUAACGAAAUGCACCACGAGAAGGUAAACCAUAGGACUUUGCAUUCCAUAAUAUAAUUUAAAAUUUUUUCGAGAUUUAUAACUUUUGAUAGCUAUAAUUAUUAUGUAUAUUUUUAAUUGCGUUCUAUCUAUUUAUUAUUUUUA